CGUGGACAUGGCGGCACAUGCUUCGAACACGGAAGUUGUGGUUUCCUCUUUCUCAUUCAAGACUGGGGCACCGGAGGCGAACCUUGUGGUGGACGUGAGGUUCCUGCCGGAUCCCAGGCCACUCGAGCAACAAGCGCCUUCCUUGACGGGAAAGGAUUCUUUGGUGGAGGACUACAUUCGCGAGAAGUGCUGUUUCGAUAGCUUCUUCGCUGUCUUGAAAGAGAAAGUUUCCCCGAUAGUCGGUGAUCUUCUUGGACGGGGCCAGCAGCGAAUCGAAUUCGCGUUUGGUUGUACUGCCGGAAAGCAUCGAUCCGUGUUCGUUGCGGAGUGCCUUGCCGAGUGGCUGAGACAAGAGGUCGGGAUCAACAACGUCCGUGUUCUUCAUCGUGAGCUGUCUCCGCGAUCACAUGAUGAGAUGAUGAAUGCGUUUUGCUCCCAACCGGAUGUGGAUAUGGUGGAGGACGAGGCGUUCAAUGCCUCAGGCCCAGUGUUGAGAUGUACAUACUAUCCCGAUUCAAACUCAAUGGAUAUUCAAGAGAUGCCUUGCUGUCAGCCUGUGACCAAUCACGCUGCAACUGAGCAGCUUCUGGGUUGUGGACUCUCUAAGAUUGCUGCACUUCGAGCGAAACGCCGAAGGGAAUGCGAGGCACUUUCUUGAAAUCCAAAUGUAAAUCUUUGUAUAUAUCUUAUUUUUUUCAUGCACUAAGACCCAUGGUCUGGUCAUGUACAAGUCAAUAGUUGAAUAAAUCAAGUCCUGAGAU